AUACUCAAUUUUGCCUUUUUUGCUUUCAAAUUAACAAAAACUAAAAAUAAAAAAAUAAUUCCUUCUUCUCCCUUAAAAUUUCCCAUAAUUGCCCCCCUAUUAAUUCCAUUCUCAUCCCUGAAUUAAUACUCACUCCUUUAUAAGCGAACGCCACUUCUCUCACUCACUCACUCUUUUCUCAUUCUGUUUCUCUCCGUUUUGUAUUAGCAAAAUUAAGCAAAAACAUCAAUUUCGAUACGAAACGCUUUGCUUUUUUUUUUUUUCUCUUUCUCUAAGCAUUUUGAAUUUUGUUGCCGGCGUCAAUGGCGGUUCCUCCGACUGUCCUUGCAACGCCAUCAUCAUUGUACGUUGGUGAUCUUCACCACGAUGUUUCCGAUGGACAACUUUUUGAUUAUUUUUCAGACUUUAAAAGCCUUGCUUCCGUCCGCGUCUGCCGUGAUUCAUCCACUGGACGUUCUCUUUGUUACGGCUACGUCAACUUUGUUUCCCCACAGGAUGCUAUACGUGCUAUCGAGGUAAAAAAUAACUCCACCCUCAAUGGAAAAAUUAUGAGGGUUAGCUGGUCUCUGCGUGACCCUGAUGCGAGACGAAGUGGUAAAGGAAAUGUGUUCAUCAAGAACAUAAGUGAUACAAUUGACAAUGCGAAGCUUCAAGAAAUGUUUCAGAAGUUCGGAAAUAUCUUAUCUUGUAAAAUUGUCACUCAUGAGGAUGGAAAGAGCAAGGGAUAUGGCUUUGUCCAGUUUGGGUCGGAGGAGUCUGCCGAUGCUGCUAUUGAGAAGCUUAAUGGGAUCGUGGCUGGAGAAAAACAACUGUAUGUGGGCAAAUUUGUCAAAAAGACUGACCGGAUUUCGCCCAAUCCUGAUGCUAAGUACACAAAUUUGUACUUCAAGAACUUGGACGUUGAUAUCUCAGAGGAGCAUCUAAGAGAAAAGUUCUCUGGGUUUGGGACAAUUAUAAGCCUUGUUAUUGCAAAGGAUGAGAAUGGAGCUCCAAAGGGUUUUGGAUUUGUUAACUUUGACAAUCCAGACGAUGCUAGAAAAGCUGCCGAAGCAAUGAACGGAUCACCUGUUGGCUCCAAGACCUUGUAUGUAGCAAGAGCACAAAAGAAAGCAGAGCGCGAACAACUCCUGAAGCGCCUCUUUGAAGAGAGAAGGAGGGAACAAAUAAUGAAAUACCAGGGUUCAAAUGUGUAUGUCAAGAAUAUUGAUGAUGAUGUCACCGAGUAUGAGCUGCACCAACUGUUUAGCCAAUGUGGCACAAUUACUUCUGCGAAAGUUAUGCAAGAUGAGAAAGGUUUGAGUAAGGGUUUUGGAUUUGUGUGCUUCUCCACAGCAGAGGAGGCCUAUAGCGCUGUGAAUACUUUUUAUGGAUUUAUGCUGCACCGAAAGCCGUUGUAUGUGGCUAUUGCUCAAAGGAAAGAGGAAAGACAGGCCCAGCUACAGCUACAGCAUGCACAACGACUUGCUGGGCUAACAGGAGCUUCAGCUAUGUAUCCUGGUGCAUAUCCUCCCCUUUACUAUCCAGGCCAUGGUGUUGUUCCUCAAGUACCAGCACGACCUGGGCUGAUGUACCAGUCUCUUGCUAUGAGGCCAGGUUGGGGUACUAAUGGGUUCACAAACACCCCCAGACCUAGCUAUCAACCUGCUCCAGUUCCCAUGAUUCCUAAUGCUUAUCGACCAUAUCGGCCGAACAGGGGAAGGAUGAAUGGAUAUAUGCCAGCUUCAAAUGUGACCAAUGUGCAGCCAUCAGGUCAACCAGCUGUGCCAUCGAAAGAUUCUCAGCGUGCUGGGCAGGUCAGAUUUGCGCCGAAUGGACAGACUCGUGAUGUGAACAACAGAUCUUUUGGAUCUAUUGCAGUUGGAUCUGCAGCUGAUGGUACUGAAAUGCUGAGUACCUUGCUUGCUUCUGCUAAUUCUGAUCAGCAGAAACAGAUACUUGGCGAGCGCCUUUAUCCUCUUGUUCAUAAACAUAAGCCUGAGCUUGCUUCCAAGAUAACUGGAAUGCUGUUGGAGAUGGACAACGCUGAACUGCUAUUACUGUUGGAGUCUCCAGAAUCUCUGGCAACCAAAGUGGAUGAAGCAGUUGAGGUGCUCAAGCUCUCUAAGGCGAAAGUUUCCAGCCAAGAGUCGCUUCAGCCAAGUUUUCUCUCUGCAUCAGAAGUUGCAGUCAACUGACUGAGCAAUGCUGGAGCUGACAUAUUUAUCUUUAGCAAAGAUAGAUAGAAGUUACUAGCGGGUAGGGGGGGGGGUGUAGUAGUUAAGGUUAGGUAGUAGAGUAAGCAAGGGUUGUCAUACCAUCUGGCGUGGCAACCCUACUAGACUCCUUGGAGUCCAUAUGUUUCUGCUUUAUUACAAUCUAGACUGUCUCUAUUUACCUUCGUUGUGAGGGAUUUACUAGAGUCUCUAUAUGACUUUAUAUUAUAGACAGCUUAACUUAAUGCAGACCUUUUUAAAACUUUAUGA